ACAUGAAUUUGUUGGUAUCCCAAACUCGCCCGCUGUCGCAACCGCACAACAACGACAGUCCCCAAAACACAACACAACACCUCCGUCAUCAGCAAAGCCAAGCGACUUUGCGUUGCCUCUCCUCUCCUCCUCCUCUCGCUUCUCUUCUCUUCCUGGUGCUCGCUUGCCGUGCUGGCUCGCUGCGCUUCUCGGUGGCACGUCCUUGACAAGCUGGAGCGCGAGCUAGGAACGCGCUGUGCCGCGGGCGGUAGCGUGCAGCAGCAGCCAUGGGCUUUCACCUUCAAUACAUUGCAAAGCACACCUUCCUCACAUGGGAUGAAUUAAGCUGCCUCGCGAGAUGCAAUGGGUUCAAAGGCGAUCUCUUUGAGAAGCACUGCCCCAAGCUGGCACGACAGCAGAAUGGCCUCACAAAGACGCAGUUUGAUGGACUGUUCGACAGCGGCAAUCUGGACAAGGACCUGCACAAAACAGUCAACUUCCGCACGAGCGCCGUGAAUGCGCUGGCGCUCCGCAAAUCCAUGCGCCUCGUCUGCACAAAGAAGCUCUCCUUCCAAGAGGUGUAUGACGCAAAGGUGGCGUUUGACCUGUACGACCACGAGGCAGAUCACGAAGGCAUCUUUCUCAAGGACCUGACCUCUGUCAGCCGCGCACUGAAACUCUCUGGACGCAUCAUCGCGCCGUCGCAGCUGCCGGUGGAGAUAUGCCGCCUCACGCGAAGCAUCGAGCUGCCAAGCCGCCUGCAGCUGCACGAGUUCUUAGAAUUGCUCACGCGCUGCCCGCACAUCAGGGAGGUGACGGCGGGGAUGGACCCAAGCGCAAGCAACAACAUGAACGCACAGAGCAUCUACGAGCUGCAGGACUUCAAGUCCAUCCUCAUCCCUGCAGAGAAGCGGCUGGAGAACAAACUCAACGCGCAGAAGCUGUGGAAGAGCUUCAAAGUCAAGUACAACACCGCACGCAUGAUCAAGAAGGACGUACAGCAGCGGCGCGCAAAGCUCAAAGCCAUGCGCUUCCAGUCCUCAUCGGACCACGUCGAUGAGCUGUUGACGCUUGUGAAGGAGUCUGAGCGGGACUACCAGCGGGCAAAGCUCGGCAAAGCCGUGAGCAACAGCACGGACCGUGCAAAGGAGCGACAGCGCCGCAUGCGCGACAUUGUCAAGGGCAGACCUGCGUCUGCACCUGUCAACCGCACACCCAGCGCACGUGGUGGUGGCGGCACCAGCGGCAGGUCAACAGCACGCGCACGGUCGACAACGUCCACGCAGCGGUCAAGCACCCGCCCGCCCUCAUAUCGCCCUGGAACAGCGCGUGGAGGCAUUCAACAGCAGCAGCAGCAGCGGCAGGGGACGUGGCGGCGAGCAGUAUCUGCACAUAUGCGAUGCACGAGCGCACGUGGUGAUCGACAACGCAACGCCAGCGCCAGCAGCACGGGUCGUGCUGGCAGCCGUGAUGGUGGUCGGAUGGCGCGAGGUGGUGGAUACAGGGGUGGUGGUGACGACGAUGACAGUGACAGUGACGAUGAUGUGUUUGCAGAGGAAGAUGCCAAUGGGCGCAGUGGCGAAACACCCGUGCAUAGCGAGCGCCAUGACGGCGAAGAGAACCAGGGUGGUACCUGUGGUGAUGAAGACAGCAUCAUCACAGCACCCCACGAUCACGAUCACGGUCACAAUCACAAUCACAAUCACGGUCACGGUCAGCCCCAUCAUCAGCAACGACCCCACGGUGAUGACUGGCGCAAUUCGCGAGCGAUGGAUCUGACAUUUGUACAGGAGACGCUGAGGGAAAUGAACAUCUCCCCAGAUGACAUGUUCGUUGCCCCGGAGAAGCGAAGUGCAAUCGUUGAUCCGCACUCGAAGGUCGAGCAGGAGGCGCUGAUGGAGGACCUCAAGUGGGAUUUGGCCACGGGAUCAGAUCCGGCCCUGCGCAAACUGAUUCGCGAGGCCAUCAACGUGCGCCCCACCGCUGCGCCAGCACGCCGCCUCUCCCGCACAGCAUCAGCAGCCGGUGGUGGCAGUCGCCGUGCAAGCGCCAUUCUCAGUGGCAUAUCCAUGCCCCAGCAGCAGCAACAGCACCAACAGCAGCAGCACCGCGGGUUGCCGCACAAGCGGGCGUGGCAGAAGCAGCCGCAGCAGCAGCGGGGCAGUCGGGGCAGUGGAUAUGACGACAGCGACGGCAAUGCGUUUGACGAUGAUGAUGUGGAGAAUGGCGGCAGCGUGCACGGCGGUGAGCACGCGACCCCGAGCAAGCGCCGUGUUGGUCCCACAGACGCGUCCAAGCCGCGGGUCGAAGUGACGUCGCACGAUGAUGCUGACGAUGACGACGAUGAUGAUCGUCACCAUCUGCAUCCAAGCCGCCAUCGCGGCGUGCGCCAUCACACCCCGCUGCGCCGUGCCAGCAGCAGCAGCAUCGGCGAGAAUGCACUGCUUGCCCUGCGCGAGCAAGCCGUGUCCUCCUCCUCCACCAUCGCCCGCCCAACGUCGUCGACAUCCAUGCUCUCCGCGUGGUCCUCUGCCAGCGCCAUGUCUCGCUCGAGCUCGUUUGCCGACGGCGGCCGUGUUGAGCUGCAAGGUGCACCGCGCAGCCCCGCUGCCACCCUCCCUGUACGCGAUUGGAAGCAGCCGGGCAAGUGGAAGCGCAUGCCGUCGCAAGCGUGAUGUGGUCCCUUCUCGAGCAGAGAGUUGUCAUGUCGUAGGGUGGCCAAUGCUCGCGAGCAGUCACGCUGUGUGGCUUCGUUCUCCGUUCUUGUUGUUUGGUUUGGGUAUGUUUUCCAUCGUACACACUGCGUGUGACUGGCUGCUGCUUCUCUUGUGCGUCCUUGUUCGAUGUGUCUGUGGCUGUCGUUGCUCGCUUGGAUGCGCUUUCUUUCCCUCAACUGUGGCUGGCCACACUGACAAAGGGAGGGGGGUGGGAAGUUGUUCUCCAUCAGUAACGCACACACGCGCACACACUCACAUCCACGCAUUCACAUUCACACCCGAUCCCACAAUUGCAUUCACCUGUGCACGGUUGCGUUUGGUUGCUUCGUUCGCCUGUUCUCGCUUGACGCUGUGCCGUUUGCUUAGCUUUUGCCGCGUUCGUUUUACUCUCUUGUCACAUUUGCCAGAUCACCUUGUUGUCCACAUUCACACUGUCUGCAUCUCGCCCUUCGUGUGUGUUUAUCCUGCCCUAUCCUUGUUUGCCGGCACAUUCCGCCACCAUUACCACCAUCUAGCUCUCGAGGUCCUAUGAUUGACUGACGCAUGUUAAACGCAGUGCAGCCUGCAUUAAACGAAAACAUGGAC